AUGCAUGACAGGGGUGAUUAUAAGUCGGGCUGGCAACUGGAAAAAGAGUGGGAGGAAAAGGAGAAGGCGCGGUUAAGAAAAAUGGCUAUGGGGAUGAAGGAUGAUGGUGAUGACGGUGAUGAGAAGGGGACAAGUGAUGAUGAUGAGGAUGCACUGCCGUUUGCUUGUUUUAUCUGCAGGGAGCCUUUUGUGGAUCCUGUUGUGACUAGGUGCAAGCAUUAUUUUUGUGAGCAUUGUGCGUUGAAGCAUCACGCGAGAAAUAAGAAGUGCUUUGUAUGUGACCAGCCCACGAAUGGAAUAUUCAACACGGCCUUUGAGAUACAAAAAAAGAUGGCUGCUGAGAAAAAGUAA